AUGAUCCUGCCUCGAAGAGUAGCACUAGUGCUCUACCCUUGGGUAGUCCAGCUGCUAAUCCAGCGAACCUUCGCCAGUGACAUUCUGGCAAAUGAGGGGAAGAAGGAGAACGACGAUGUAGGUAAGAUUAUAAGUGAGUUACGGUUCCUACAGAAGGUAGAAACCAUUUUGGAGAACAGUAACAUGGGCGUUUCGGAUGUAGAGGCAGAUGUGAAUGCAUACAACCCGGAUAGGGACGCCCCGAAGGAAGAGCUGCAGAAGCUCCAAGGGCAGGAGGAGGAUCCUGAGAAACAACCAAGUCACUUACGUAAUAAGAACCCACAAGUAACAGCAGAAAAGAAGGAGCCAUCCAUAAAAAAUAAAAAGGCGUUACGACUAAUAGUGAGUGAGAACCAUGCCACGAGUCCGUCCUUCUUCGAGGAGUCGCUCCUUCAGGAAGAGGUGGUGAGCUUCAUCCAGAGCAAAGGGAAGUUGUCUAAUUUAAAAAACUUAAAGUCGAUAAUAAUAGACCUGAAUGGAGACAUGACGGAUGAGGAGUUGGCAGAAUAUAUUAACAUGCUGGAGAGGAAGGGGGCCCUCAUAGAAUCGGACAAGUUGGUGGGGGCAGACGACAUCAGCGUUGCAUCUAUAAAAGAUGCAGUUAGGCGUGGGGAGGAUCGCAUAAAUUUGGGCAAACUUCACAGUAACAUGUUGGAGGUGCAAGAAAAGGGAGAGCAAUCCAGACACGCAGGUGAUGCAGAUGGUGGCAGUGAUAAUGAUGAUGAUGGGUUCUUAUCCGAACCGUCCAUACACGGAGGGACCUACCCCAUAGGGAAGAGAAAAACCAAGGGAUACAAAUUCAACGACGAAUAUAGAAACCUGCAGUGGGGACUAGACCUUGCCAGGCUAGAUGAAACACAGGAUCUAAUAAACAACAACCGAGUGAGUGUUACAAAGAUCUGUGUAAUAGACAGCGGGAUCGACUACAACCAUCCUGACCUAAGGAACAACAUAGAUGUAAAUUUGAAGGAGCUAUAUGGACGAAAGGGAGUAGACGAUGAUAACAAUGGUGUAGUGGAUGAUGUGUAUGGAGCCAACUUUGUAAAUAACAGUGGUGAUCCCAUGGAUGACAAUUAUCAUGGAACCCAUGUGUCUGGAAUCAUUUCCGCUAUUGGGAAUAACGGCAUCGGCAUCGUAGGGGUAGAUGGACACUCCAAGCUGAUCAUAUGUAAGGCUCUAGAUCAGCACAAGUUAGGUCGAUUAGGUGACAUGUUUAAAUGUAUAGAUUAUUGUAUUAGUAGAAAGGCACAUAUGAUUAAUGGUAGCUUCUCUUUUGAUGAGUACAGUGGUAUUUUCAACGCAUCUGUGGAUUAUUUACGAACCUUGGGGAUCCUUUUUAUCGUCUCAGCAAGCAACUGUUCACAUGCUAAACUGAACAAGCCAGAUAUCACCAAAUGUGACCUCUCCGUAAAUUUUAGAUACCCUCCUAUUCUGUCCAGAACCCACAAUAACGUAAUUGCUGUGGCGAAUUUGAUGAAAAACCUGGAUGAGAGUUACUCCUUAUCUGUGAACUCCUUCUACAGUAACAUUUAUUGCCAGCUAGCUGCCCCUGGAACAAACAUAUAUUCUACGACGCCCUUCAAUAGCUAUCGAAAACUCAAUGGCACUUCUAUGGCAUCUCCCCACGUUGCUGCAAUCGCUUCCAUUAUUAGAUCCAUUAACCCUAAUUUGACAUACGUACAAAUUGUAGAGAUACUGAAAAACGCCAUUGUGAAGUUACCCUCUCUAAAGGAUAAGGUUUCCUGGGGGGGCUACGUAGACAUCCUGCGCGCCGUCCAUCUGGCCAUCGACUCCAAGGAGGCGCCUUACAUCAAGUCGCAGUCCUGGUUCAGGUGGAAGCAGCGCGCUCGAUGA